AUGAGUGGUAAUAAUGAGCCGAACCAAGAACAAUUGCUAGCGGAACGAGAAGCCAUUCUCAGGCAGCUCGCCGAAAUGGGGGACGAAUCAGGUUUGCAUAGCAAAUUUUUCAAAGAAAAAACUUCCUGGUAGUUUUAGAAAGCGAAGGCGAGGAAAGCAGAAAUGUGUCGGCAACUCAAGCUGACAUUUCUGGGGAAAUUGAAAAAGACUUUCAAUCGUCAAAAAGUGAACCUGGCUCUCCUCCAACUCAAAAACGACGUGACAGUUCAAAUCAGUCACCAAUGACACAACGCUCCGGAGAUGAUUCAAUAAUCGCAGCAUCAGGAGACUCGGAAAGUAGAGAUGCACCAGUUUCUGCAGAACUAGAUGAUGACGAAGAUGUGCAAGGGCAGGAGGCUUCGGAAAUUCCAGAAAGUGGAGGUCGUUCCCGUCCCGCCGCAGUGACGAAAACUGUGUUAGAUUACGGUGACAUGGAUAGAAGCGGUCCGCUGCCUGAUGGAUGGACGACGCUGACUCAUCAGAGUGGAAUGCUCGUUUAUUAUGUAUGUCGAGACUGUCUAGUAGUGUAGUCGGACACAAUUGCUUCGUUGCAGCAUAAAUUCACAAGAGUCGUCACUUUUUCACGACCGUACCAGGUCGAAGGAAUGAUUCGCGAUCAUAAUAUACCAGUCAAUGCUAUACCGUGCAUGAAUCGGAUGAUUUUGGAUAGAAACUUGCAAAAAAAUGAAGAGAAACUGAAGUUAGACGAGUUAACGGAAGCUAAUCCUUCCUAUGCUCGAAGUUCCGAUUUAGAGGUAUAUUAAAAUCAACAUAUUUCAGUUCCUUUCUGCUCUUGCUGAGUAUUCUCUGAACGUCUCCACUAUAUUCUGACGCUAUUCAUGCCACGAGCCUUCUGGUCAAUCACUUUUUUUGCUUCCAGUUCCAAAAUAGAGUUAGAAGCAUAGAAGUGAAAGUGCCUGACUUGCCCAUGGUGUUUUCAAACGAACAUGUUUUAACUAAUCAAUUUUCAAAGAGCUGUUUCUGGAGGUCAUAGUUUUUAGGUGCAACCUGAUCAGACACUCAAUCCGAGUGAGUUCCAGAAGUAUUGCGGGAGACGGUUCAAAUUCAAGGAAAUCACAGUUAGUGACUGAAAACUGAGCAAUUGAAGAAAAAUACUUUAGGUGAUGAGAUAUAAUAGAAACACAGAAAACAAGGCAACGGUAGUUCAAGAAAGAAAAGCGAACACAAUGCUUAAAAGAGCUGGAUUCGAGAUGGAUUACGAUCAGCUGAAAAAGCAGAACGCUCCUGGAGAGGUGCUUCUCUCCACUUCUUCUGGAGCUGUUCUCAUAGACUUGACGCCCAUGGAACGUGACAAUCGAGUCGGACCAAAAAAACCGUUUCUUUUGAACCCAAUGGUAUUUGCGGCUCAGAAACUUAAACAAUUUGUAUGUUUCAGGGUAAAACAACUGUUGCAGUGUUAAACGAAUUCGUUCAGCGUCUCAUAAAAGGAACUCUUACGUACGACGUGGAGGAUACCAGAAACGUAUCAUGUCCGUAUAAAGCGAUCGCCAAUCUUACGAUGAAAACAGUUUCCCUGAACGAUUUGGCAGGUCAAUGCAAAGAGACCCUUGCCGUCCUACACGAGCUUGCAUCCAUGAAUGAUCGUCCCAAUUUGACCCAAACGUCCAUGGAUUCCAGUAAGCUACAGCUUUUAGACCGAGUCAGCAAUAGGUACAUUCAGAACGAUUCCCGAUCGGCCGGGGCGUCGGUUCUAACAAGAAAACAGCUCGUCUGGCGGCAGCUAAAGAUGCGCUCUCAAAACUCAUUCCAAAGUUGCGUGUAUCUGCCGAAAAUGUGUGCGUCGGUGUUCUCGACGAAGAGAAUAAGAAGGAUUUUGAGGAGAAGGCAAAAGAACUCUUCAAAAACGUCAAGAUUGAAGCUCUAAACAUUGUGGAUAUGUGCACAAAGUUUGCAAUCCCAAAGCCCUAUGGUUUGCUGAAAGACGCUGUCAGUCGGUCGAUUCGCUGGAAUGGUAUGGAGUUGGAGACAUCAAAAGGACUGGUUGGACACGGAAGUCAGAUGUCGAAAGUGACCUUGAAACUAGGUGACAUGGAACAAUCAGCAGAAGCUAUAGGAGUGAAACAAGCUACUCAGCUAGCUUCUCAACUACUUCUGAAGCAAAUGCAUCCGGAGCUGACCACUUAUGGCGCCUUUUUAGAUAUUUACGGCCGACUGGAAGAUAAGACAAAGUUCGAAAACGCCAGAAGGCAUCACGAUGAGGUAUUGCCUUCUUCCUUUUUACCUUUAUAGUCUCGGUCUUCAGGUUGUUCGGCUCAAAGAUACUGGAGAUCUACUCAAUCCGAAUUUCAAUGUACUAUCGAAACUUUCAAGAGAGAUGAAAGACGUAUCAUUAGAGUACAAACCUCGGAAAUUCCUUUACGGAUUGGCCACAGAUACUAUGGGUAUCGUGACUGAUAAGCGAGAUGCAUACACUCAGUUGCGACCUGAAGAUUUUAAUGCCGAGGCGCUACCAGAAAGGAUGCCGUAUUACCAACCAGUGCCCGUCCAACAAAUGCAUUCGCCAAUCAUUCCAUUAGUAUCGUUUGCUUCUUCAAUGAUGGACAGUCAUCACGCUCAAAUGUAUCCAAAUCAACGGAGAAGUAGAAAGCGUGGGAUUCCCGAUACGUCUCCGAACCAUCGUCCGAUGCAUCCUCAUCCGUUCCCGCCUCCUCCACCACCGUCUGGUUAUUAAAUUUCGAUGGUAAUCUUCUAUUAGCACUUUCUUACCAUUUCAUGUUCUCAUUUAUACACAUUCUUGUGGUUGGUAUCUCUGCUUCUAGUGCUCUCUCGUGUACAAUCCCUUGCCACUCACGGACCGGCAAAGCAUACGUAGGAGUGGAAAUUGUGAAGCUGUAACUUCUCUCAACCGAAAGUCCUAUGUAUGAAAAGCCGGGCCGUGCCACUCUUAUCCUUUCAUUUAUCAUUUUGUUGGGUUUUCCAAGCUCUUGUUAGGUUCCAUUACAUGUUCAUUCAACAAGAUAUAGCCGGAUUGUUAAUGGACAAAAAAGUAUUUACGUUUGUUAAAGUCUGAACUGUUUUAACUCAAAAAUUCUUUUACAUUUCAAUGAGAAAUUGAACCAGGAUCUGAAUGAUUUGCAAUGCGUGACUUGCCAUUGGGACUGUUUGAACGCACUUUCUCCCUUGCCAUUCAUUAACCCAUCCUUUUGUUAAAUAUAAUGUUGCCCAAGUUGUGUUCCCCUACUGUUUGUGCUGUUCUGCCUCCCGUUCUCAACCCAAAAGGGACGGAGAGAAGAGAUAGCCGAGGUUAGCCAAAUAAAUGAUGAGGCAGAAAGAGGAGGAAGAUGGUAAAUAUAACAAACGGUAGGACAGCUUACUCGCUUCUGCCCGGUCACUUUUUUUUGAACGCAGCGUACUUUUUCGGAAGUCUGGCCUGAAUCUCAUUAUCCUAUCCUAUCCCAUGUAGUCACAUUUCUUCAAAUGCGAGAUCGUCCUCACGUUCAGAAGGCUCUGUUAGUUCUGGCCACAGAUUGCGCGGUCCGUUCUGACGUUGCGCAAGGUUCCAUCUCAGGUCAUCACGGACCACCUUCCUUCCAUUCCGAGUCAUUUCUGCACUUUCACUGCCAUUAGCCGCUUGCCUCCUCGUUCCUUAUCGAUUCGAUGGAACAGUGUCGGAUAGAGGAGAUAUGAUGAUAAGAGAUGAUUGGAAGGUCACUCGGCAGCAGCCCGAACACUGACCUAUUAUUAAACGCGGUCAACUGUACUAUAUACAUCUUCUAUCGUUGCUUUGAACUCCAUUUUUAUCGCCUCGCACAGUUCCAGCCAGGCCCAUUCUAUGUUGACUACAGUUCUCUUAUCACACAAAAGUUUUCGACUGGUCACUCAAUGUUUGACCAAGUCCCUCUCGCUCUCCCUCCUUUCCGUGUCCUUUUACUCUUUGACCGUUCUUCUUCUUCUUGUUUCGUUUGCGUAAGAUUAGGUAAAACUCUUCUCAAGUGGAUCGCUGUUGUUAGCACACUAUUCGCAGUUUCUUCCGUCAUUCACCACUUUUCAAUAUAUAGUAAUUCAGAAACAGAAAGAGCUGAAUGAGGUUUUGGCUAGUAUUUCUAGCCGUCGGUGGAGUGUUCGCCGCAUGGAACACUUCUGACGAUUCGUCGAUAUGGGAGAAUUAUAGCGAAGACUCCAGUUAUGCAGAAUUUAUUACUACUGAAAGCGGUAAGCCUAUCCCGUUUCCAUCUUUUUAGACUCAUUCACGGUUUCUUAAGAACGAGGAUUAUUUCCGAACAUCUUUAACCUUGCCACAAACUCUCUGAUCACUUCUACUUCCACGUGUGGACAGUAUCAAACAGAGGAGUACUGCAAGCUCGUCGAGCACGUUCUCCUCCGAAAAACGACGAAUAAUCCUUCGCCGCAAUGUGAUAUCUGUGAUGCGAAUAACGUCAACAAACGGCAUCCGAUUGAGUAUGCGAUCGACGGCACCCGUAGAUGGUGGCAGUCCCCGUCGCUGGCAAAUGGAUUGAAAUUCGAGAAGGUUAAUAUCACAAUUGACCUUCGACAGGAGUAUCAAGUAGCCUACGUCAUCAUCAAGAUGGGGAAUGCACCCAGGCCUGGCACAUGGGUGCUGGAGAAGUCGUUGGAUGGGGAGAACUACGAUCCAUGGCAGUAUUUCGCAAUGCAGGAUGCCGAAUGCAUGAGACAGUUCGGAAUACCAGCCACGACUGGAGUUCCACGUUUUCAGAGGGACGAUGAAGUGCACUGCACAUCCGAAUACUCAAAGAUUACUCCCCUAGAGAAUGGAGAGAUCCAUACGUCUCUAGUAAAUGGAAGACCAGGUGCAGAAAAGCCGAGUAUUGAGCUGCAAAAGUUCACGAGAGCACGGUUCGUCCGACUGAGGCUCGUGUCCCCGAGGACUCUGAAUGCUGAUUUGAUGAUCAUCAACAAAAAGUCUCACUCAUUGGACAAAUCUGUCACAAUGAGGUACUUCUACUCAAUCUCUGACAUUUCCAUUGGUGGACAGUGCAUUUGUUAUGGUCAUGCUGAGAGUUGUCCGAGUGAUCCAGUUACCGGGGUACGCCAUCAUCGUCUGCAGCCUCAAUUUCAUUAUUAUUUUUACAGCAAUUCAAAUGCGAAUGUCGGCACAAUACAUGUGGAGAGUCGUGCAACCGAUGCUGCUCUCUUUUCAACCAGCUUCCAUGGAAACCGGGAACGAAUUCUCAUCCGAAUGUCUGUCAGCAAUGUCAGUGCUUCAACCACGCUAAUUCUUGUGUGUACGACGAAGAGUUGGAUAGAAACAAGUGGUCGAUUACUCCUGAAGGAGUCUACGAAGGCGGAGGAAGAUGUAUAGAAUGUUCUCACAAUACAGAAGGUUUCAACUGUGAACGGUGUAAAGAUGGAUACUACAGACCUUCUGGAACUUCUCACUAUAGGUACCCACAAUCCGUCUUUCUGUCAUUUUCAUCCAAACCUUUUUCAGAGAGGAUGCGUGUCGAACGUGCGACUGUGAUCCAGUUGGAAGUGUGUCGAGUGCUUGUGCCCGAGACGAUCAGAGUACUGUGAACGGACAACAGCCAGGAGAUUGCAUCUGCAAGCCCGGAUUCGGAGGAAGACGAUGUGAUCGUUGUGCAAGAGGAUUCCGCAAUCAUCCGACUUGCGAGCCUUGUCCGUGCAAUCAGGCUGGAAGUGUAAACUUUGACACUUGCGAUGGCGCAACUUGUCAAUGCAAAGCAAACGUCGAAGGAAUUUAUUGCGAUCGUUGCAAGGCCGGAACCAUUCAUUUGUCCUCUUCAAAUCCACUAGGAUGUCAAGCAUGUUUCUGCUUCGGAUUGACAAACAACUGCACACAAACUGAAUGGAACACCGCCCAGAUCACGAAUAACGUUGGAUGGAAUCUCACUGAUUUGACGGGUGGCAAAGAUGUUAAGCCGGACGUUGAGAACGGAGAAGUGCUGAUGUUCAAUGCGAAUCAGAAUCAAGACAGAAGCUUGUACUACUGGAAAGCACCUGACAGUUUCAAGGGAAACAUGUUGAACAGUUACGGCGGCUUCCUGCAUUAUUACGUCUACUACGUGCCGACCGAACAAGGGAAUGCCGUUCCAGUUGCCGAUGUGGCAAUCGAAGGAAAUGGGAUCAAAGUGGAGUACUACUCGAGAAUCGAAUUCCUGCCUCGUGAGAAUAUGACGGUCACUAUUCCGAUCAGAGAAGGGAACGGCUGGUAUAACUCGGCGACAAGGCAACCAGUUGACAAAGCGGAUCUGAUGAGAGCACUUGCACACGUCGAAAAGUUCCUGGUUCGUGCCAUGUAUCAGCAAGUUCAGCUUCAGUCGAGCAUAUUCGGACUCUCCCUGGACACUGCUGUGCCAGCUCCGGUUGAUGUCGUGGAAGACGACUCGCUGAGUGCGCUGAGUCUGUACAACACCCAGGACACUCUUAUGAGAGGAGUGGAAGUAUGUCAAUGCCCGGAUAACUUUGCCGGAAACAGUUGCGAGUCUUGCGCCAAAGGAUACCGUCGCGUGAACGACCAGCUCUACGGAGGACGGUGCGAGAAGUGUAACUGCGAGGGACACUCGCAUGAAUGCGAUCCGUUCACUGGAGAAUGUCUCAAUUGCCAGCACAAUACAACUGGAAGUCGGUGCGAAAGAUGCCAGCCAGGAUUCUAUGGCAACCCGUCUCUGGGCGGAGAGCUGGGAACUUGCUGGCCUUGCGAAUGCCCAAGUCUCGACAACAACCGAUCUCCCGAAUGCAUGAUGACUGAACUGAUUGUGGCCGGAGCAGCUGCUGCCAAUGAGGACGACUACGUGUGCACAGCCUGUGAAGUGGGAUACGAAGGGAAUAAAUGCCAGGUCUGUUCGGACGGCUACUUCGGUGAUCCAUUGGCAGAAAACGGAACGUGUGUCGAAUGCGAAUGCAACGAAAACAUUGACCCGAUGGCCAUCGGGAACUGCGAUUCAAAGACUGGAAAAUGUCUGAAAUGCAUCGGUCACACUACCGGAGACUCGUGCGAGGCUUGCAAGGAGAAUCACUGGGGAAAUGCUCAACAACACACUUGUAAGCCAUGUGGAUGUCACACUCAAGGAGCAGUCAAUCCGCAGUGUGAGGAAGUGCAAGGAGAGUGUGAGUGCAAAGAGAAUUACAUCGGAGUGCAAUGCGAUCGGUGCAAGGAUAACCACGGAGACGUCGACAACGGAUGCCCGGCUUGUGAUUGUGAUGAAACUGGAAGCAUCGGAACGGAUUGCGAUCAAGUCAGUGGGCAGUGCAACUGCAAGCAGGGAGUGUUCGGGAAGCAGUGCAACCAGUGCAGACCGUCCUACUUCAACUUCACAGAGGCUGGAUGUCAGUUCUGCCAUUGCAACAUUUACGGAUCUAUUGAAGACGGAAAGUGUGAUCAGGUGACUGGAAAGUGUGAAUGCAGAGAAAACGUGGAAGGAACAAUGUGCGAGAAGUGUGCCGACGGAUACUUCAACAUCACGAGUGGAGGCGGAUGCGAAGACUGUGGAUGCGAUCCCACUGGAUCAGAAGGCGUUUCUUGCAAUCUGGUCACAGGACAGUGUGUCUGUAAACCAGGAGUAACCGGAGUCAAGUGCGACAAGUGCCUCCCCAACUUCUACGGUCUUACCAGCGAAGGAUGUACCGAAUGUGAGCCAUGUCCAGCGCCAGGACAAGUCUGCGAUGCGGUAGAUGGAAGUUGUGUUUGUCCGCAGAAUACCGUCGGAGAAAUGUGCGAGAACUGCACCACAGAUGCCUGGGAUUAUCAUCCACUGAAAGGAUGUAAGCUGUGCGACUGUUCAGACAUUGGAAGUGACGGCGGAAUGUGCAACACGCUUACCGGGCAGUGUAAGUGCAAGGAAGCCUAUGUCGGACUGAAGUGUGACAGAUGCACUCACGGUUUCUUCAAUUUCCCGACUUGCGAACCAUGCGGUUGUAACGCUGCUGGAACGGAUCCUUUGCAAUGUAAAGACGGACAGUGUUUAUGUAAUGAAGAAGGAGAGUGUCCGUGCAAGAAGAAUGUUCGAGGACAAAAGUGUGAUCAGUGUGCCGAGGGAACCAUCAGUCUUGACUCCUCCAACUUGAAGGGAUGCACAGAAUGUUUCUGUUUCAACCGGACUUCCACUUGUGAGCAAUCCAAUCUCGUUUGGCAACAAAUGUACUCUGAAAACCGUAGAGCCGCUUUCUCGGAGCCCUGGGAAUUCUACACUAAGAAACACAAUAUUAACAUCCUCCGGGUAAGAUCCAUGUUCCCUUUUCAUUCAAUACUUCUUAAUUCAGUCAUCUCCAUCGCACUUCAAUAGUUAUCCGACCGACGCUACUCCUCUCUACUGGCCCCUUCCGAUCACGAUGCUCGGAGACCGUACCGCCAGUUACAAUGGAUUCCUAAGAUUCAAAAUCUGGAAUGAGGACAACAGGAGAGGCCUGCACGGCAUUCGUCCCGACCAGCAAUAUUUCCGAUAUUUCCCGCAAGUCGUGAUAGUUGGAAACAACCGAAUUGAGUUGGAACAUAUUCCGAUUGAAAUAAACGACGAUGGAAAGUACAAAGUGAGCAUCUGCUAGUAAUUUAAUGAAUUCUAUUGGUAGUUUUUCAGAUCAGAAUCCACGAGUCCGAAUGGAGAGCCAGACACUCUCCGGAACUCACUCUGACUCGCAAACAACUGAUGGUCGCUCUUCAAAAUGUGCAAGGAAUCUAUAUCCGUGGAAGCUACAAUUAUCCAGCUAGAGGCGAUGCCAUCAACAUUCAGGAGAUCUCUCUGGAUGUAGCUGUUCCCGAAUCCACAAUAGUCGCAGGUCUUUCUACGGCAAAGGCUAUAGGAGUGGAGAAAUGUGCAGGAUGUCCUCAAGGAUAUUCCGGGUUCUCGUGCCAGAAUCCGGACGAAGGAUACUGUAGAAAGAAGCACAGAGACUAUUUGAACCAGGCCGACGACUUGGCACUGAUCGGAUGGAGUGAACCGUGUUCUUGUCAUGGCCACUCACAGACCUGCAAUCCGGACACUUGUGUCUGUACGGACUGUGAGCACAACACUUUCGGAGACUUCUGCGAGCACUGCUUGCCUGGAUACAUCGGAGAUGCUCGUGAAGGAGGAGCAAACGCGUGUACGAAGUGCGCCUGCCCGCUGAUCGAGAACUCAUUCAGUGACUCUUGUGUUGCCGUGGAUCAUGGCAGAGGGUACGUGUGCGAUGCUUGUAAACCUGGAUACUCUGGACAAUACUGCGAGACGUGUGUGGCUGGAUAUUAUGGAGAUCCGCAGCACGUGGGAGGAAGCUGUGCUCCGUGCGACUGCCAUCCAGACGGAUCUCUUCACGGAGCUUGCAAUCCGUUGACCGGUCAAUGCGAAUGCAAGCCUGGAGUGACUGGAAGAGACUGCUCGCGGUGCCAAGAACGACACGCUUUCAUAAACCGAGUAUGCACUUCAUGCGAUCAGGGAUGCUAUCUCCCGUUGAUGACGAUGAUGGACGAGAUGGAGGAGCACUUGGGUCAACAGAACUUCAGCAGUCUGAAACCGAUUCCAUGGAAGCGAGUCUGGAGAAUUGGAAAUGAGACUAAUGAUCUGUCGACGUUUGUGGGAUCCAUUGAUAAGGAUGGAGAGCUUGUGAAGGACAGCAAGUACGCGAAGGAUGCGUUCGGACUGCUCGAUGAGGUCAACUUCCAAAUGGGAAGAGCCAACAAAUCAGCGGUGUCCAUCGAACAAUUCACUGAACUGGCAGAGAAGUUGAUUCUGGAUGGUCAAAUUUACUACGCCAACGCAUUUAACACGACCAACUUCCUGAAAAUGUUCGCCGAGCACGGAGCCACGACUGUCGGAGGAGCUGCUCUCGACGGAAUGCUGAUGGAAGCGGAGGCACAUUUGAAUGCGACCACGGAACGAGGAGAGUACAUUGAGAAGCGACAUAACCGAGCGCAGCAGGAGCACAAGAAAGCGGACGAGCUGCUGAAGGAGGUGACUGCGAAGAAGCUCAACGAGACUAUUUUCGAGGAUCUCAAGAAUAGAAUCGACGUGCUGGAGCAGUGGAUGAACGACUACAGAGAGACGAUUUAUGACGUGGCAAAAAAGGAUACGGUAGAUGCAGAGAGGAUGAGUGCAGUGGUCGGAAAGAGAUUAGACCGCUACAAAGAGGUGUCGAAUGAGAUUGAGAAGCUGAGAGUGGAAGCGGAGGAUCAGAUCGCUUUCGCCAGAAACGCAGUGGAGAAGGCCAGGUCGGAAGAGCUCAUGAACAUGGUGGAGGACAAGGAAAAGAUUAACAUGACACUGAUGGAGCUCCCCGAACUUGCCGAGCAGUGCCAGAAUAUCACUCUGUUGUGAGUCCCUAGCAAAUUUAUUAGCAUCCAUUAACUUAUUGGUUAAAUUUCAGAUAUUCUCAACUGAUUGAUGAGUACGACGAUGAGUAUGUGCAGGCGUCAAACAAGCAUGCCGUUGAGCUUGAAAGUCAGGCCCAGAAAAUUGUGGAUAGGUUCACGGCCACUCGGACAGAAACAGAGAACCCACUGAAAGCUUCGCAUGCUUACGAGAACAUUGUCGAAGCUCUGAAGAAUGCAACCGGAGCAGUAGAAGCAGCCGCAGAAGCAUCCGAAGCAGUUUCGAAGAUGCUAGGUACGGAAGCAGGCGAUGCAAACGAGGAAAGUCUGACAAAUCAAUUGGAACGGCUGAAGAAUGCGAAUGCGACUACGGAUGGAAAGGAGGCAGCGAACGUGGUGGGAGAGUUGAAGAAAGAAAGAAAACACCUCAGCGAGCGGCUUGCCGUGCUGAACGAGAUGAAGAUUGAUGUUGUGAAGAGAUUGGGAGUCAUCAAGAGUGAAGUCUCAUCCUGGGAUGACAAACACGAUCGAAUCCAUUCAAUUCUGAAGAACGGCGCCAAAAAUGCUCACGAGAGCGCAGCUAGUGUGAAGAAACGAGCAGAAGCGAUCGAAGAAGAGGUGACGGCAAUCAAACAAGAAGCCGAGAAGCUGAUGAACAGUACGUCGGGUGGAAUCCGUGAAGAGAUGGAGAAGAUUAAAAGUGCAAGAACCGGAAUGGAGUACGGAACGCAAAGACUGGCGAAGGUCGAAAAGUUGAGCACCGCGAAUCAGGGAAGAGCUGAUAAGAUGGCAAAGAACAUUGCUCUGUUGAAGGAUAAGAUCGAGCAGGCAAGAGAGAAGGCACAUCAAAUCAGACUCUCUUUGAACUCCGGAGAACGAGGACUCUGUAAGAGAUCGUACAUUUCACCGGCUAAUCCUUCUCCGAUAAACCAAUUCCACAUCUCAUACCGCCCAUUGCAACAAGUAUCUGAUGCGGUCGUCAUGGUCUCAAAAACGAAAGGAAAGAGAACGCAAGCAUCCGAAUACAUAGCAGUUGAAGUUAAGGAUCAGAGAGUUGUCGUGCAUUGGGAUAUCGGAAGCGGAAAGAAGAUGAUCACGAACAGCCACCCAAUAAACUACUUGCCUUCGAAUGAUCGUGUCGUCUGGUACCACCUCGACAUUCAACGAACUGGAAAUGCGGUCAAUCUUACUGUCGCACUGAAAGAAAGUUACGACGGUGCAUUCAAACCUCGAGGAAAGCCUGUCUCUGUGUUCGUCAGAAGCGGAGAUCCUCAAGACAAUAUGAUCUUCAAUACUGUGCCAGGAGAGACUACAAUCGACGUGGGCACUGAUGAAACGACUGCCGCGGAGAUCGGACUCGGAACCCAUAAGUUCUCCGGAAUAGUCGGUGACCUACGUAUCGACACCGUGCCUCUUCCUCUUUGGUCAUUCGAAUCAACGACCAGCGAAUGCGAAGGAGCGAACGCGCCGCCGAAGGUUGCUCAGAGAGGUCAUUUGUUCCGUGAUGGAUUCGCCAAUGUCUCGAUGCAAGUGUCCGAAAGGACGAUGAGCGCGAUUACUGUAGUCUUCAACGCCUACUCCCCGAACGGACUACUCUACUUCCGAGGCUGCGAGAGAAGCGGUGACUUUGUGGCAGUGUACCUCAACGACGGAAGAGUCGUAUUCAAGAUCAAUUUAGGUGGAGGAUCGGUAGCCGAAUUGACGUCUCAAAACGCGUACAGCGACGGCAAGGAGCAUACUGUGAAGGCGAUCCGAACAGGAAGCGAAGUGUAUCUUCAGGUGGAUUCGGAUGCCGACCGAUUCAACACGGUCAUUUCGGGCGAGAAGACUGCUCUCAACAUCGACAACGAGCAGCACUACGUGGCAGGAGUCCCGGCCACUCUCAACCGAGACGUCUUCUCCGAGCACGCCAUUCAAUGGAACGGUUUCAUCGGAUGCAUCUUGACAGUGAAACCAUCACAAGUCGGAGAGCUCGAUCUGGACAAUCCGGAGAACUCGCAAGGAAAAGGGGCCGGUUGUCCAUUCAGUUCGAAGCAAGACGUGGCAACAGAUAGAGUUGUCGGAUUCCCAAGACCUGGAUACUUGAUCACUAAUGGAAUCGCCAUCGACAACAACUCGAGCUUCGGUUUUUCGUUCCGAUCGCGCGAGGAAAACGGAACGCUGAUUUAUCAGUCAUCAAAGCUGAUGAAGGUUACAAAAAGAGACACGGAAGCAGGCGGAAAGGGCUACAUGGCGUUCUACUUAUUUCGAGGAUAUCUCGUACUUCACUUCGGAAAAGACGCAUCCUCAAGAAAGGAAGUUGUAACUUUCCGAUCGAGCCAUCCAUACAAUGACGGACAGGUUCACGCGGUGUUCAUGACCAGAAAUGGAAAGACGUGAGUUAUAUCAUUAAUCUUCUUUUUUUACACGUUUGUUUUAGAAUCAGCGUGAAAGUGGAUGAUAAGGAAAUCGGAGAAAGUCAGACGUUGACGGAUGAAUCGGUCGUCGGAACGGCUUCUGGGCGUUUAAUUCUCGGAGGAUUUAGUGAUAACAUCAAGCCUCCGAACAAUGAGAUUCCAAUCACUUCGUUCUUCAUCGGAUGCAUAUCGGACGUCUUCUUGAACUUGAAACGCAUACCACUCACUCCGCAGCAACACAAUGCACAGAUUGGCAUGUGCUCAAUGGAUCAGACCCAUGGAAUGUCUCCGAUUGAUGAUCCAAUCGAUGGAGACGGCCAUAACGGACACAGAAAGUCGUCGAAGUUGAGCCUCGAUCAAGUGACGCAUAGAAACUAUUAUGGUGAGGAAAAUAAGACAAAGACAAUAUAAACAUUUUUGUUCCAGAGGUGUCCACGCAAUCGUCCCAUCUCAUGAUGCACGUUGACGGAGAAAAGAAGAUGGAGGAGCAGGUCUGCGGUGCACUGAACAGUUCUUUGAGAGAUGGUAAAGGCGCCGUCCGUUUUGGAAUCGGAAAAUCUUCACACAGCAAAAUUAACUUCAAAUCGCCUUAUCCGAACAUUACCGAGUAAGAUUCCUUUUUGAGAUAUUCAAGUAACCUCUUCUCCUUCAGUGUCUCUGUUUCUCUGUCCAUCCGAUCCGAAGCGUCAAGCGGAAUGAUAUGGGUGUGGGCAAACUACAAAAAUUACACUCGUUAUGUGUUCCUCAACAUGAUUGACGGAUUCGCGACGGUGGAGGUGAAAGGACACAAGCAGCCAAAGAUUCUCAAACACUUGGGACGACGGAUCAACGACGGACAAUGGCACGAUGUGGUUGUCGAGAAGAGGGACCGAUCUUUGAAGUUAAGCAUUGACGAACUGGAAGCAGUUGAUAUGUCCGAUUGUCCGACUCCGAAGGUGAUGAGAAGACGGAUGUACGUGGGAGGAGUAAUCUCGAAACAUCGGAAGCUAUUUGGACUAAAAACACCUAGUCUAGACGGAUGCAUAAGACAAUUCAGUGUCAACGAUAAUAAGUACGAAUUGGAUAAUCCGGAGACCUCGAAGGAUGUGGUUCCUUGCGCGAAACCAACAAAGGGAGUUUACCUACAUCAAGACGGAUUCGUCACGUUCGAUAGUGCCGCGCGAAAACUAAAAACAAACGAUAUAGGAAGGUUCGAGUUGUCGAUGGAGUUCCAACCCUCAAGCGCCGAUGGUCUUCUGCUGGGUGUUCUGGCCAAUUCACGACCGGAAAACACGAGAUUGACUCUGGAAAUGAAGAACCAACAGGUGAUGGUUACUCUGACCCACGACGACAGUGGACUCGAGAUGAGAGAUGCUCUUCCGAUGCUCAGACCUUUGUGUGAUUCCCAGUGGCACUCAAUCAGACUUGUUCUUGACAUUGAAAAGAAGGGGAUGUCAAUCGAAAUCGAUGGAGAGAAGAACGAAAUGCCGAUCGAAGGAUAUACUCUGGACGCCCAUCAACAACUUCUUGGCUUACCGCUCAGCAUCGGGGGAGUGCCUGGUCCAACGGCGGAGAAACUUGGAUCAACUUCUCUCACCGGAUGUUACCGGCACUUGCACAUUGGAGGCAGACCUGUCUACUUUGAGAAAGCUAGCAAGAACAGCAAAGUGAUAAUUGAUGGAUGCCCAAUGGGCUAG